AUGGAGUGGAGAGUGAAGUCACUGCCGUGUCAUCCAGGUGAACCCAUACCUGUUCCAAAUGAAUGGUACCAGAAAGGGGAUCUUGUCAUUGGUGGGAUGGUAUCUAUGGCUAACUACCAUUUUAAUGAACUUUCAUUUCAGCAGCAUCCCUCUCAGGAAUAUUUUGGCAAUCCAGAAGUGCUAACAAAAUUCUACCAGCAUGUCCUUUCCUUGGCUUUUGCUGUGAAGGAGAUCAAUGAGAAUCCAAAAAUCUUGUACAAUAUAACUCUUGGCUUCCAUAUCCAUGAUAGCUACUACAAUGCAAUGAUGACAUAUCGGACCACCAUGGACCUGCUCUUCAGAUCAGAGAGAUUUGUCCCCAACUAUAAAUGUGACAUCAGGAAAAAUCUAAUUUCGAUCAUUGGAGGCCUCAGUUUUGAAACUUCUUCCUAUAUUGCCGACUUUUUACAGUUUUACAAGAUUCCACAGCUUACAUAUGGGUCAUUUACCCCCCAGGAUAUUUAUAGUGCUGAGAUUCCCUUCUAUUACUCCAUGGUCCCAAAUGAGUCCACACAAUAUAUUGGGAUUAUCCUACUGCUUCAACAUUUUGGGUGGAUAUGGGUUGGGCUUCUUGCUAUUGAUAAUAGGCAUGGAGAUUAUUUUCUGCAGACCAUGGAGUCCCUCUUUUCCCAGCAUGGAAUCUGCUCUGCUUGUACACAAAGAAUUCCUUUUUUAACUUACUGGGAUAAAUUAUUUGAGAUGCUUGAGAAAGGGAAAACUAUUUAUGACCAAAUAACUACUAAAAAGAUCAGUACCUUUAUCAUCUGUGGAGAAUCUUUGUCAAUUAUAUGGGUGACAAGUAUCAUUUUUUGGAUUGAUCCUGGACUUGGGCAGAGUUCUUUGGGAAAAGUGUGGAUCAUGACUGCCCAGAUGGAUUACAUAUUAACAGGAAUGCAAAGAAAAUGGGAUCGGCAGUUCUUUGAUGGUGCCAUCUUUUUUACCAUUCACUCCAAAGAAAUUCCUGGUUUCAAGGAAUUCCUGAAGUUUAUAAAACCUCCUUGGAUUCAACAAGAUGGCUUUUUCCCACUUUUCUGGGAACAAGUAUUUGAUUGUUCAUUGCCAUCUCCUCCUGUGACUCUUCUGGAUGAUGACACUUGUACUGGAGAGGAAAAGCUGGAGGACAUUCCUGGGGCUCUUUUUGAGGCACAGUUGACUGGGCACAGCUAUAGUAUCUAUAAUGCUAUCUAUGUAUUGGCUCAAGGUUUACAUGCGCUCUUCUUACUUCAAUAUAACCGUAGGCAUUUGGUGAAGCAUAAAUUAUCAGAAUAUGAAGGUGUGCAACAAUGGCAGAGACGAAAGGUUGGAAAAGUGGAUCCAGAUGCUCUGAGUGGAAAAGAAUUAGUCAUUAAUGAAGAUAUGAUUGUUUGGCAUAGAUCAUUUAACCAGGUGCUUCCCUUUUCUCUGUGCAAUGAGUAUUGUCACCCUGGUUAUCAAAAGAGGAAGAAUGAAGGAAAGAAAUUCUGCUGUUAUGAUUGUGUUCCAUGUCCAGAGGGGAAAAUUUCCAAAGAGAUGGACACUGUUGCUUGCUUUCAAUGUCCUGAUGAUCAAUAUGCAAACCAUAAGAAAGAUGGAUGCAUCAUGAAAACAAUUAGCUUCUUGUCUUAUGAAGAACCUUUAGGACUCAGUUUAGCUACUGUUGCUAUUUUAUUUUUCCUCACUACAACAUGGGUGUUGGGAAUAUUUAUUAAGCACAAAGACAGUCAUAUUGUCAAAGCCAACAACCGGGAGCUCACCUACAUUCUCCUCAUCUCCCUUCUGCUUUGCUUCUUCUGUUCUUUGCUCUUUAUUGGACAGCCUAGGAGAGUCAUCUGUCUCCUCAGACAGUCUGCAUUUGGUUUCACCUUCUCAUUGUCCAUUUCUUGCGUGUUGGCAAAAACCAUUCUUGUUUCUCUUGCUUUCAAGGCCACCAAGCCAGGAUCUUGGAUAAGGACAUGGGUGGGGAAAAGAUUGGCUAUUUCUAUUGUCCUUUUCUGCUCUCUAUUCCAAACAAGCAUCUGUAUUGUGUGGUUGUCAACCUCUCCCCCAUUCCCAGAAUUAGACAUGCACUCAGUCCCUGAAGAAAUGGUUUUACAAUGCAAUGAAGGGUCUUUCUUUAUGUUUUAUUGUGUCCUGAGCUAUAUGGCUCUCCUUUCAUUUGCCAGCUUCCUUGUGGCUUUCCAGGCUCGUAAUCUGCCUGACAGUUUCAAUGAAGCCAAGUUCAUCACCUUCAGCAUGUUGGCUUUCUGCAGUGUAUGGGUGUCCUUUGUUCCAACGUACCUGAGCACCAGAGGUAAAGCCAUGGUGGCUGUGGAGAUCUUCUCCAUUUUGUCCUCCAGUGCUGGGCUCCUAAGUUGCAUCUUUUUCCCCAAGUGUUACAUUAUUGUUUUGAGGCCGGAUUUAAACAACAGGGAACAACUGAUAAGAAGACAUGUUUAA